CUGUCCUCCAUCUCUGCCCUCACCGCCUCCCUCAACCUGCUGGUCAUCAUCUCCAUCUCACACUUCAGGCAGCUCCACACUCCCACCAACCUCCUCCUCCUCUCUCUGGCUGUCUCAGACUUCUUAGUGGGCUUCCUGUGGUUUUUCCAGGUCCUGAUGGUGGACGGCUGCUGGUAUCUGGGUGAACUGGUGUGCUCUCUGUUUUGUGUUUUGGACAUAGUUCUUACCUCGGUGUCAGUAGGGAACAUGGUGCUGAUAUCAGCGGACCGUUACCUGUCUAUCUGCGAUCCCCUGCGUUAUCCCUCCAAAGUGACUGUUCGGGCCAUGCGCUCUCACACCACAGCGGCCUCACAGCAGCAUUCAGGGAAAAUAACCAUUAAGAAAUCUGAGCUGAAGGCCGCCGGGACUCUGGGGGUUGCCAGUGGCAGUUUCACCCUGAUGUACUCCAAACAGCCGUAA